AUGACGGAGGUUGUGGAGGAAUAUGAGGAAUUUGAGGAGGAAUUUGAGGAGGAAUUUGAGGAGGAAUAUGAGGAGGAGAUUGUGGAGGAGACAACAACAUCGACUGUGACUGAGCACAGCACUCAGUUGCUACAGUCUGGCUUGCCCAGCAGAAAAGUCAGGAAGAAGGUCAAGGUGGAUACUUCCAAGUUCAUGACUCCGUACCUGGCACACAGCCACAAGAUGCUGGAGCAGUACAGCCACAACAAGUAUCGGCAUGCUUAUGACUUGUCCCGAGGUAAUCCUCCUUCCAUCGUCACUGACACUCCUGAACUGAUUCGCAUCAGGAAGGCCCAGGAGCAGCUUAGUGAGGUAAAAUACCGUAUGGAGGGAAAUAAGUCUCGUACAACUAGUUUGUACGAUGGCGAGGCCAGAGAGAUUGCCCACGUCAAGCGUGUAUCCGAGCUGAUCAGCAAGGUUCUGUACAGGCAGAAGUGGGAUGAGACGAAGGAUCGGUACCUGCUGCCUCCUGAUGCUCCUGAGCUUGUUCUGGCUGUGAAGAAUGCUGCCAACUACAGCAAAAAACUCUACACCGAGGACUGGGACGUAGAAAAGACCAUGUUCUACCCCUACAGUGACAGCCCAGAGCUGCGCAGGGUUGCCAAGGCUCAGGAGGUCCUCAGUGAUAUUCAUUACAAGAAGGGUCACGAUCAGCGCAAGGCCAAGUUUACCUCCCUGGCUGAUCCUCCUGAAAUGGAGCUGGCCAGGAGAGUGGACCGUCAGCGCAGUGAUCUCAAGUACAAGGAAGAUUACAACAAAAAUGUGAAGGGUCAAUGGUGUGAGACUCCCUACUUCGACGUGGCCACUGCCAGGGUGGCGAUGGACAACUUUAGCCAUAGAAAAUACACGCAACAAUAUGAGGAUAAAAAAGACCAAAUUUAUUUCAUGCAAACGGACACGCCGGUAUACGACGCAAACAAGAAGGCUCGCAUUGCUGCUAGUGAGAUCCAAUACAAGAAGCAAUAUGAGAAAUCCAAAGACAAGGCUGACUACAACACGCUCCCCGCCACCGAGAAUCCUCUCCUGAGACAACUCAGAUAUGCUGGCACUAUCCUCAGUGAUAAAGUGUAUAAGGCCAGCUAUGAGAAAGCCAAGGGUUUCAGCAUCAACUACUGUGACACGCCCAAGUUUCAGAUGGACUCUGUACUUAAAAAGUUCACUGGGAACCAUUACACGGACAAGUAUGAAAACGAGGUGAAGGGCCACUACAUUGGAAGCUAUGAAGAUCUCUAUAUGCUUCACUGCCAGAAAGUUGAGGAAAUGAAGAACGAGCAAACGUAUAAAGCUGAGUAUGAAGACAUUAAAACAAGAUGCUUCUUCCCUCAAACAUUGACGCCUGAAUAUGAAGCUUCAAAGAAACUUAAUCAGUGUGGUGAUAAAGUUUACCGGCAACAUCCAGGCACUGUGAAAUUUACACAAGUGGUGGAUUCCCCAGUUCAGCUUCAAGCCGCCAUCAACGCCAAACAGCUAAGUGACUUGAACUACAAGGCAAAGUAUGAGCAAACCAAGUGCAAGAAUAGUCUGCCCCCAGAUUAUCCCUUCUUUAUCCAGUCCAGAGUCAACGCUUUUAACCUCAGUGAUAACUGUUAUAAGUACGAUUGGGAGAAAUCCAAAGCGAAAAAGUUUGAGGUCAAGGGUGAUGCCAUCUCGAUCCUUGCUGCCCGUGCUCACACAAACAUAGCCAGUGACGUGAAAUAUAAAAAGGAGUUUGAGAAGAACAAGGGACAUAUGGUUGGAGCCCUCAGUAUCCACGACGAUCCCAAGAUCUUACACUCCGUUCAUGUGGCCAGCAUCCAGAGUGAUCGCAAUUAUAAAAAGGACUAUGAAAAGAUGAAAACCAAGUACCAUGCACCUCUGGACAUGAUGGCGGUCACAUUGGCUAAGAAAUCCCAGGCGAUUGCCAGCAUGGCUGGAUAUAGGAAAAUCAGUCCCAAUUUCUUCCUUCCCUAUGACAGUGUGCUGCUGGGUCUUGCCAAGAGAGCCAACGCCAUCCAGAGCAAUAAUGAGUACAAGUCUGACUACAACGCCUAUACCAAGGGUACACCAUGGAUUCCCUUUGGCUCUAUUGAGGUGGAAACUGCCAAGAAAUCAGCAGAUAUCCUCAGUGAGAAAAAAUACAGACAACGUCCAGACACCUUUAAAUUCACAGCGAUUGAUGACCACCCAACCAUGAUGCAGGCCAAAGUGAACCAGCUUCAGAGGAGUGACCUGUUCUACAAGAGAGGUCUAGAGGAGAUUCAUCAGAAGUAUUCUCUGCCUCAUGAUGUCCCUGAGUUCGUCCAGGCCAAGUGCAAUGCCUACAACAUCAGCAAGAACUGCUACAAGCUUGCCUGGCAGGAGAGAAUUGCCAAGGGUUAUGACAUGAGGACUGAUGCUAUCUCUGUGAUCGCUGCCAAAAAAGCCACACAUGCUGCCAGCGAUGUCCAAUACAAAAAGGCCUACGAGAAGGCCAGAGGCCACCAUGUUGGCUUCCGCAGCAUCAAGGAUGAUCCCCUGCUGGUUCACUACAUGGCUGUGGCUAAGAUGCAGAGCGAGAAGAACUACAAGAAGGACUACCACAAGGCCAAGCUGAAGUAUCACACCCCAGUGGACAUGAUGAGUUUGGUUCAGGCCAAACGUAGCUCAUUAGUGCAGACCUAUGCUGGUUACAAGCAGCGCAACAAUAACUACUGUCUUCUGCCUGAUUCUAUGAGUCUGAACCUUGCUCGCAACAUGAACUUCAACGCCAGUAACUAUAACUAUAAACUGGAUUACGAGCUUGGAGUUAAGGGAACUGGCUGGAUUCCCAUUGGUUCCCUGGAGGUGGAGAAAGCCAAAACAGCAGGUAAAGCUCUGGAUGAGAGGAGUUAUCGUCUGCGUCCUGGCUCCCUCAAAUUCACCAGUACUUCUGACUCCAUGAGCAUGGAGCUGGCCAAGACCAACUCCAAGAUCCUCAAUAUGAAAGAGUACAGGGCCAGUGGAGAGAAGUUCAAGCACACUUACCAUCUCCCUGCUGAUGCCCCUGAACUGAUGCAAGCCAGAUACAACGCUGUCAACAUCAGCAAGAAUUACUACACCUAUGAACAUCGUCAAGAUCUGCUCAAAGGACAUCACGUGAAGGAAGAUGCUAUUUCUAUAAUUGCUGCAAAAUCUUCCAGAGACAUCGCCAGCAAUUACAAGUACAAGCUUGCUUAUGAGAAGGCCAGAGGCCACCAUGUUGGCUUCCGCAGCAUCCAGGACGAUCCUCUGCUGGUUCACUACAUGGCUGUGGCAAAGAUGCAGAGCGAGAAGAACUACAAGAAGGACUACCACAAGGCCAAGCUGAAGUAUCACACCCCAGUGGACAUGAUGAGUGUGGUCCAAGCCAAGCAUGCCUCUACUGUUCAAACUAUGGCUGGAUACAGAAAGAUUCCUCACAACUUCACUCUCCUGCCUGACAACCUUGGCGUUCAGCGGUGUCGCAAAAUGAUGGAGAUUCAGAGCGAUAAUUUGUACAAGUCAGAUUAUAGCAACUUCUGUAGAGGCACAGGGUGGGUCCCUAUUGGUUCUCUGGAUGUUGAGAAGGCCAAAACUGCUACUGCUGCAUUGAAAGAAAGGGGCUACCGCCAGCAUCCCAGCACUCUCAAAUUUACGAGCAAGAGUGAUGCCAUGAACAUGACUCUGGCUCUUACCAACUCAAAGCAGCUGGACAAUGCUGCAUAUAAAGCUUCUGGUGAGAAGUUCUUGCACACUUAUCAUCUGCCUGCGGACAGCCCCGAGUUCCUCCAGGCUAAGUUCAAUGCCCAGACCCUUAGUGAGAGUCACUACAAGCACAAGUGGCUGGAAGAUAUUGCUAAAGGAUACGACAUGAAGCCCGAUGCUAUUUCAGUCCUGCAUGCCAAGCAUGGCAGACAUAUCGCCAGCGAUGUUCAAUACAAGAAAGCAUUUGAGAAGGCCAGAGGCCACCAUGUUGGCUUCCGCAGUAUCCAGGACGAUCCUCUGCUGGUUCACUACAUGGCUGUGGCAAAGAUGCAGAGCGAGAAGAACUACAAGAAGGACUACCACAAGGCCAAGCUGAAGUAUCACACCCCAGUGGACAUGAUGAGUGUGGUCCAAGCCAAGCAUGCCUCUACUGUUCAAACUAUGGCUGGAUACAGAAAAAUCCAGCACAGUUACGCUCUCCUCCCUGAUGCCAUUAACCUUGUGCAGGCUCGCAAAAUGAAUGUCCAGGCCAGUGAUUGUGACUACAAGUCUGAAUGGAACAACUACAUCAGAGGUAUUGGAUGGGUCCCUAUUGGUUCAAUUGGAGUUGAGACUGCCAAGCUCGGUGGUCAGAUUCUGAGCGAACACAAGUACCGCACUCCUCCAUCCAACUUCAAGUCCAAGAAGCUGAUGGACUCCAUGGACUUGACUCUGGCUACUGCCAACAACAAGAUAAUGAAUAAGAAAGCUUACACUGCAGCUUGGGACCAGGACAAAAGGUCAAUCCACGUCAUGCCAGAUUCACCUGAGAUCGUCCUGGCCAAGGCUAAUGCCAUCACCAUGAGCAAUAAACUUUACAAAGCAGGUGUUGUGGAGAUGGCGAAUAAGGGCCACAAUGUCAAAGCAGAUGCCAUCUCUAUUGUGGCUGCCAAGCUCGGUACCAGAAUUGCCAGUAAUUACAAGUACAAGCUGGCUUAUGAGAAGGCCAGAGGCCACCAUGUUGGCUUCCGCAGCAUCCAGGACGAUCCUCUGCUGGUUCACUACAUGGCUGUGGCGAAGCUGCAGAGCGAGAAGAACUACAAGAAGGACUACCACAAGUCCAAGCUGAAGUAUCACACCCCAGUGGACAUGAUGAGUGUGGUCCAAGCCAAGCAUGCCUCUACUGUUCAAACUAUGGCUGGAUACAGAAAAAUCCAGCACAGUUACGCUCUCCUCCCUGAUGCCAUUAACCUUGUGCAGGCUCGCAAAAUGAAUGUCCAGGCCAGUGAUUGUGACUACAAGUCUGAAUGGAACAACUACAUCAGAGGUAUUGGAUGGGUCCCUAUUGGUUCAAUUGGAGUUGAGACUGCCAAGCUCGGUGGUCAGAUUCUGAGCGAACACAAGUACCGCACUCCUCCAUCCAACUUCAAGUCCAAGAAGCUGAUGGACUCCAUGGACUUGACUCUGGCUACUGCCAACAACAAGAUAAUGAAUAAGAAAGCUUACACUGCAGCUUGGGACCAGGACAAAAGGUCAAUCCACGUCAUGCCAGAUUCACCUGAGAUCGUCCUGGCCAAGGCUAAUGCCAUCACCAUGAGCAAUAAACUUUACAAAGCAGGUGUUGUGGAGAUGGCGAAUAAGGGCCACAAUGUCAAAGCAGAUGCCAUCUCUAUUGUGGCUGCCAAGCUCGGUACCAGAAUUGCCAGUAAUUACAAGUACAAGCUGGCUUAUGAGAAGGCCAGAGGCCACCAUGUUGGCUUCCGCAGCAUCCAGGACGAUCCUCUGCUGGUUCACUACAUGGCUGUGGCCAAGCUGCAGAGCGAGAAGAACUACAAGAAGGACUACCACAAGUCCAAGCUGAAGUAUCACACCCCAGUGGACAUGAUGAGUGUGGUCCAAGCCAAGCAUGCCUCUACUGUUCAGACUAUGGCUGGAUACAAGCAGAUUAACUCCCGCUACACCGUGCUGCCUGAUGCCAUGAACCUGCGACUGGCUCGUAACAUGCAGUUCAUUGCAAGUGAUAACCAGUACAAGAGUGAUUAUGAUAGCUUCAUGAAGGGAAUAGGAUGGGUUCCUAUCGGUUCGCUGGAUGUUGAGAGAGCAAAAAUAGGCAGCCAGAUCUUCAGUGAGAAACGAUAUCGUCAAAGUCCUUCCAACUUAAAAUUCACCAAAGACAUGCAGUCCAUGGAUGUGGUACUGGCCACUGCCAACAACAAGAUUAUGGAUAAGAAAUCUUACCUCAAAGCCUGGGAAAAAGACAAGACUACGAUCCACAUCAUGCCCGAUGCAAUGGACAUUGUUCUGGCUAGAGAUAACAAGAAAAACUACAGUGAGAAACUGUACAGAUUGGACAAUGAGCUGUCCAAGAAGAAGGGCCAUCAUGUUCGUGCUGAUGCCAUUGCAGUCCAGGCUGCUAAGGCCUCAACUCGUAUCGCUAGUGAUUACAAGUACAAGACAGGAUACCGUAAGCAGGUCGGCCACCACAUCGGGGCUCGCUGCGUGCAAGAUGACCCUCUGCUCGUGCUGGCUCUGAACUCAGCCAGGAUUGCCAGUGAUGCUCUGUACAAGAAGGACUUCAACAAGUCCAAGACCAAGUUCAACCUGCCAGUGGACAUGAUCGCGUUUGAACUGGCCAAGAAGAACCAGAUCCAGGUCAACCACGCCAACUACAUCACCCGUUUGCACAACUGGACUUGCCUGCCAGACUCCAGCGACGUCCGCCAGGCCAGACAUGCUUAUGACAUCCAGAGUGAUGCUGUUUACAAGGAGGAUCUGAAAAUGAUGCAGGGUAUUGGAUGGGUGCCUAUAGGCUCACUGGAUGUAGAGAAGGCGAAGAAAGCUGGUCAGAUUCUGAGUGAAAGAGGGUAUCGUCAGCCGCCAACCAAAUACAAGUUCAAGAUCACCACUGAGGACAUGCCCAUGGCACUGGCUAAGGCCAAUGCUGAUGUUAUGAACAAGAAAGCUUACCAUCAAGACUGGGAGAAAGACAAGACCAGCGUCCAUGUCAUGCCUGAUGCUAUGGAUAUUCUAUUGGCCAAAGCAAAUAAAGUCAACUACAGUUUGAAAACAUACAAGCAGGCAAAUGAAGAGGCCAAGAAGAAGGGAUACGACCUCCGUAACGAUGCCGUUUCAAUUAAGGCAGCAAGGGCCUCAAGGGAUAUUGCCAGCGAUUACAAGUACAAGACAGGAUACCGUAAGCAGGUCGGCCACCACAUCGGGGCUCGCUGCGUGCAGGACGACCCUCUGCUCGUGCUGGCUCUGAACUCAGCCAGGAUUGCCAGUGAUGCGCUGUACAAGAAGGACUUCAACAAGUCCAAGACCAAGUUCAACCUGCCAGUGGACAUGAUUGCGUUUGAACUGGCCAAGAAGAACCAGAUCCAGGUCAACCACGCCAACUACAUCACCCGUUUGCACAACUGGACUUGCCUGCCAGACUCCAGCGACGUCCGCCAGGCCAGACAUGCUUAUGACAUCCAGAGUGAUGCUGUUUACAAGGAGGAUCAGAGAUUGAUGCAAGGUAUUGGAUGGGUGCCGAUAGGUUCACUGGAUGUUGAGAAGGCGAAGAAAGCUGGUCAGAUUCUGAGUGAAAGAGGGUAUCGUCAGCCCCCAACCAACUACAAGUUCAAGAUCACCACUGAGGAUAUGCCCAUGGUACUGGCUAAGGCCAAUGCUCAGGUUAUGAACAAGAAAUCCUAUCAUGAAGCCUGGGAGAAUGACAAGACAAAGCUCCAUCUUAUGCCUGACGCUAUGGAUAUUAUACUGGCCAAAGCAAACAAUGUCAACUACAGCUUGAAAAAGUACACACAGGCCUAUGAAGAUGCCAAGAAGAAGGGCUACGAUAUACGCAACGAUGCCAUCUCUAUCAUUAAAGCCAAGGCUUCCAGGGAUAUUGCCAGUGACUACAAGUACAAGACAGGAUACCGUAAGCAGGUCGGCCACCACAUCGGAGCUCGCUGCGUGCAGGACGACCCUCUGCUUGUGCUGGCUCUGAACUCAGCCAGGAUUGCCAGUGAUGCUCUGUACAAGAAGGACUUCAACAAGUCCAAGACCAAGUUCAACCUGCCAGUGGACAUGAUCGCGUUUGAACUGGCCAAGAAGAACCAGAUCCAGGUCAACCACGCCAACUACAUCACCCGUUUGCACAACUGGACUUGCCUGCCAGACUCCACCGACGUCCGCCAGGCCAGACAUGCUUAUGACAUCCAGAGUGAUUUUGUUUACAAGGAGGAUCAGAGAUUGAUGCAGGGUAUUGGAUGGGUGCCGAUAGGUUCACUUGAUGUUGAGAAGGCAAAGAAAGCUGGUCAGGUUCUGAGUGAAAGAGGGUAUCGUCAGCCCCCAACCAAGUACAAGUUCAAGAUCACCACUGAGGACAUGCCCAUGGCACUGGCUAAGGCCAAUGCUCAGGUUAUGAACCAGAAAUCCUAUCAUGAAGCCUGGGAGAAUGACAAGACAAAGAUCCAUCUUAUGCCUGAUGCUAUGGAUAUUAUACUGGCCAAAGCAAACAAUGUCAACUACAGCUUGAAAAAGUACACACAGGCCUAUGAAGAUUCCAAGAAGAAGGGCUACGAUAUACGCAACGAUGCCAUCUCUAUCAUAAAAGCCAAGGCUUCCAGGGAUAUUGCCAGUGACUAUAAAUACAAGACAGGAUACCGUAAGCAGGUUGGCCACCACAUCGGGGCUCGCUGCGUGCAGGACGACCCUCUGCUUGUGCUGGCUCUGAACUCAGCCAGGAUUGCCAGUGAUGCGCUGUACAAGAAGGACUUCAACAAGUCCAAGACCAAGUUCAACCUGCCAGUGGACAUGAUCGCGUUUGAACUGGCCAAGAAGAACCAGAUCCAGGUCAACCACGCCAACUACAUCACCCGUUUGCACAACUGGACUUGCCUGCCAGACUCCAGCGACGUCCGCCAGGCCAGACAUGCUUACGACAUCCAGAGUGAUUUUGUUUACAAGGAGGAUCAGAGAUUGAUGCAGGGUAUUGGAUGGGUGCCGAUAGGUUCACUUGAUGUUGAGAAGGCGAAGAAAGCUGGUCAGGUUCUGAGUGAAAGAGGGUAUCGUCAGCCCCCAACCAACUACAAGUUCAAGAUCACCACUGAGGACAUGCCCAUGGCACUGGCUAAGGCCAAUGCUCAGGUUAUGAACAAGCGUCUCUACGUCGAUGCAUGGGAGAAGGACAAGGUCAAGCUGCACAUCAAUCCUGACACCCCUGAAAUCAUCCUGGGUCAACAAAAUGCUAUCAACAUGAGCAGGAAACUAUACAGACAAGGCUUUGAGGAAGCAAUUAGCAAGGGCUAUUACCUCCCACCGGAUGCAGUCUCUGUGAAGGCUGCUAAGGCCUCAAGGGACAUUGUCAGCGAUUACAAGUACAAGGUUGGAUACCGUAAGCAGGUCGGCCACCACAUCGGUGCUCGCUGCGUGCAAGACGACCCUCUGAUCAUGCUGGCUCUGAAUUCAGGAAAGAUUGCCAGUGAUGCUCUGUACAAGAAGGACUUCAACAAGUCCAAGACCAAGUUCAACCUGCCAGUAGAUAUGCUGAGCAUUGAAUUGGCCAAGAAAUGCCAGAUUCAGGUCAAUCACGCAAACUACAUCACAAGGCUUCACCAGUGGACUUGCCUGCCAGACUCCAGUGAUGUCAGACAGGCCAGGAAAGCCUAUGAUCUACAAAGUGACGCUGUGUACAAAGCUGACAUUGAUGAGGUUAUUGGUGUGGGAUGGAUCCCCAUUGGUUCGGUGGAUGUGGUUAAAGCAAAGCAAGCUGGAAAAAUCCUCAAUGAACAUCUCUACAGGCAGAAACCACAAACCCUGAAGUUUAAGACUGAUAUGACCUCCAUGGCCAUGGUCUUAGCCAAAACAAAUGCUGAAACUAUCAAUAAGAAACACUACAUUGCGGCUUGGGAGGCUGAGAAGAUGAAGACUCAUGUGAUCCCUGACAUGCCUGAGAUGGUGCUUUCCAAAGCUAAUGCAUACAACAUGAGCAAGAAACUCUACAGGCAAGGUGUCGAUGAGAUGUUCAGAAAGGGCUAUGACCUCAAGGCCGAUGCUGUCUCUGUUAUUGCCGCCAAACGAGGAAGAGAAAUUAUCAGCGAUUACAAAUACAAGACAGGAUACCGCAAGCAGGUGGGCCACCACAUUGGGGCUCUCAGUGUUCGUGAUGACCCUCUGAUCGUGCUGGCUCUGAACUCUGCCAGGAUUGCCAGUGAAGUUCUGUACAAGAAGGACUUCAACAAGUCCAAGACCAAGUUCCACCUGCCAGUGGACAUGCUGAAUCUUGAACUGGCCAAGAAAUGCCAGAUCCAGGUCAAUGACUUCAACUACAGGACUCACCUGCACAACUGGACUUGCCUGCCAGACUCCAACGAUGUGGUCCAGGCCAGAAAGGCGUAUGACCUGCAGAGUGACGCUGUGUACAAGGCUGACAUGGAAUGGAUCAGGGGGACUGGUUGGGUGCCAAUAGGGUCAGUUGAUGUGGAAAAGGCCAAGAAAGCAGCAGCGAUCCUCAGUGAGAUUAAGUACCGUCAGCAUCCUAGGAACUUCAAGUUCACUGCCAAAACAUGUGACAUGCCAUAUGCCCUUGCUCAGGCCAAUGCCCAGAUCAUGGAUAAGAAAGCUUAUACUGCUGCCUGGGAGAAUGAUAAGACCACACUUCACGUCAUGCCUGACACCCCAGAGAUUGUCCUGGCCAAACAGAAUAAACUCAACACCAGUCUGAAAUAUUAUCGUGAAGGUUACAUGGACACCAUCAACAAGGGCUACUACCUGCCCAAAGAUGCAGUUUCUGUUUUAGCGGCCAAAGCCUCCCGAAACAUCAUCAGCGAUUACAAAUACAAGGCUGGUUUCCGCAAGCAGUGUGGCCAUCAUAUUGGAGCCCUUAGCGUAAAAGACGACCCGCUGAUUAUGUUGGCUGCACACGCAGCCAAGAUCUCCAGUGACAACAUCUAUAAGAAGGACUUCAACAAGACCAAGACCAAGUACAACCUUCCACCGGACAUGAUGGCACUUGAACUGGCCAAGAAGUGCCAGAAGCAAGUGAACGACUUCAACUAUAGAACUCACUUGCACCAAUGGACGUGCCUGCCAGACUCAAGUGAUGUAGUCCAGGCUAGAAAGGUCUACGACUUGCAGAGUGAUGCCGUAUACAGAGCUGAUCUGGAGUGGCUGAGAGGAUGUGGCUGGUCACCUCAAGACUCUGUAGACGUCAUCAAAGCAAGAAACGGCCAGAAAAUUCUCAAUGAGAGGCUCUACCGCCAGCCCCCUAGCUCUGUCAAGUUCACCAGCGUUGUAGACCUCCCAGCUAUCGUCCUGUCCAAGCAAAACGCAAACAAUAUCAGUGAUUGGAAAUAUAGGGAAGUCUGGGAUAAGGACAAGCUCAGCUUUCACCUUCCACCUAACGCCCCCGGCUUUGAACUGUCUAAGGCCAAUGCCAUCAAUAUCAGCAAUAAGCUGUACACUAAGACGUGGGAUGACCAGAAGGCCAAAGGCUACCACAUCAAAGAAGAUGCUAUUGCUGUGCUGAAGGCUAGAGCUUCCAGAGACAUCGUCAGUGAUUACAAAUAUAAGACAGGAUACCGUAAGCAGGUCGGCCACCACAUCGGAGCCCGCUGCGUGGAAGAGGACCCUCUGAUCAUGCUGGCUAUGCACUCAGCCAAGAUUGCCAGUGAUGCCCUGUACAAGAAGGACUUCAACAAGUCAAAGACCAAGUUCAACCUGCCAGUGGACAUGCUGAAUAUUGAACUGGCCAAGAAAUGCCAGAUCCAGGUCAAUGACUUCAACUACAGGACUCACUUGCACAGCUGGACCUGCCUGCCAGACUCCAGCGACGUCCGCCAGGCCAGAAAGGCCUACGAUCUUCAGAGUGAUGCUGUGUACAAAGCUGAUAUGGAGUGGAUACGUGGAUGUGGAUGGAUUCCACAUGAGUGUGUGGACGUUAUGAAGGUGAAGAUGGCACAGAAGGCCAUAUCUGACAGAGGCUACCGUGUCAAGUUGGAUACACAGAACUUCACAGUUCCGAUUGACAGAGUGGACAUGAUCUCUGCCAAGAAUGCUGCUGCCGUCCUGAACGAGGCCAAAUAUCGUGAAGCCUGGCACCAGGAGAAGACCAAGUUCUCACUGGUGGACACUCCAAUUCUUGCCACAGCCAGAGAAGUGGCUAAGAACAUUCACCCUAAACUUUACACCAAAGCAUGGGACCAGGUCAAAGCCACAGGGUACUUCAUGCCUGGAGAUGCUGUGCCAAUCAAGCGGUGCAUCUCGACAACCAAAGUGCAGAGUAAUCACAAAUACCUUGAGUCAUACCGCAAGCAGGUCGGCCACCACAUUGGUGCCCGCUGCGUGCAAGACGACCCUCUGAUCAUGCUGGCUAUGCACUCAGCCAAGAUUGCCAGUGAUGCCCUGUACAGGAAAGACUACGACAAGGUCAAGACCAAGUUCAACCUGCCAGUGGACAUGCUUCAGUUUGAAUUGGCCAAGAAAUGCCAGAUCCAAGUAAACGACGACCGCUACAGAACUCGCCUGCACCAGUGGACUUGUAUGCCAGACCAGAACGAUGUCAUCCAGGCCCGCAAAGCAUAUGAACUUCAAAGUGAUAACCUUUACAAGGCUGACCUGGAAUGGAUCCGUGGCUGCGGAUGGAUGGCAGCUGAUUCUGUUGACCACGUCAAGGUCAAGAAGGCCCAGGCAAUUCUCAACGAAAGACUUUACAAGAAGGGUGCCAAAGACGCCUUUGGCAAAUUCACCCUGAUUGUUGACCGGCCCGAGCUCAUCCUGGCAAGGAUAAAUGCUGCCAACCUCAGUGAUCUGAAAUACAAAGAAACGUUCAAUGCAGAGAAGGGUAUUUAUAUUGGUUCAGAGGACACUCCUCAACUGGCCCAUAGCAGGGAUGUGGCGAAGAACCUCAGUGAGAAAUUCUACAAACAACAAUGGGAUGAAUCUAAGGCUUCAGGUUACAAGCUGGACCAUGAAUACAUCCCACUUCUUCGCGGCAAGAAGGGCAGGGAGAUCGCUAGUGAUGUCAAGUACCAUGAUUCCCAUGAGAAGGCUAAGGGCCACUACAUGGCUUCAACCUUGGUCGAUUUCCCUGAGGUGAUGCGCUGUGGAGGGCAGGAGAAGAACAAAGGACUGAGGCUCUACCAGCAGAACUACCAUCAAAACAAGACCAAGACUCACCUCCCACCCACCGUCAUCGCUAACAUGGUCGCUAAAAGGUGCCAGGACAUGCUGAGCGACGUCCUUUACCGCACCUACCUGCACCAGUGGACUAGUCAUCCCGAACAGGAGGAUCUCAUUCGUGCCCGCAAGAACAACGAGAUUCUCAGUGAUGUGUUCUACAAGGAGGACCUGACCUGGAUGAAGGGUAUUGGCUGCUUUGUCUGGGAUACACCUGAGAUUCUUCGUGCUAAGAAGUCCUACGAGCAGCAGAGUGAACUGAAAUACAGAGAUGAGGCCAAGAAAGAAUUCAACAAUUACUCCAUUGUAACAGACACCCCAGCUUAUGUGACUGCUGUUCUGGGUCACACCUGGGCCAGUGACCUCAACUAUAGGGAGGCUUAUCACAAGGAGAAGCACCUGUACACCACCGUUCUGGAUACCUAUGACUAUGCCAAGUGCCGCAACUUCAAACACUACUUCAGUAGCAAAAACUACACAGCUGCAUGGGACAAAAUCAAAGACAAGAGCUACAAGAUUCCACAUGACUCACAUGCUUUGCAACAUGCCAAAAAUCAGAAGGUCGUUCUAAGCAGCGUGAAGUACAAGGAGGACUAUGAGAAGUUCAAAUCCCUCUACAGUCUGCCCAAGUCUCUUGCGGACGAUCCUGCUACUGCUCGCUGUGUCAAAGCUGGAAAGCUGGUGCUAGACCGUCUGUACAGGGAGGACUAUGAGAAGACCAAGGCCAAGAACCAUAUCCCACCAGACAUGCUGGAGAUCCUGUCUGCCCGCAAGACCCAGACCACUGUCAGCGAAAUUAACUACCGCAAGAUUCCUCACCAGUGGAUAUGUCUUCCCGACAUGCAGGUGUACACCCAAGCACGCAAGGUCAACGAGCAACUCAGCGACAUCUUCUACAAGGAUGAUCUCAACUGGCUGAGGGGUAUUGGCUGCUAUGCCUGGGAUACACCAGAGAUCCUUCGUGUCAAGCAUGCUGGUGAUCUGCAGAGUGUGAACAAGUACAAAGCUAAAGGCGUUGAGGCUUUCAAGGAAUACUCAGUGGUGACAGAUACACCUGUGUAUGAGACGGCCAAGCAGAAUGCUCAGAACCUGAGCGAUCUGCACUACCGCUAUGACUACAAUGCCAAUAUCAAGGGAACAAACACUGCUCCUGCUGUCACCAUGGACACAGAAAGAGCACGUCUGGCAAACUACAACCAGAGUGAGAACCAGUACAAAGAGGCCAACAAGACCUCUAUGCCGACCGGUUACUCCCUGCCCCACGACACGCCGAUCAUCAAGCAGGUUAAGCUGAACAGCACCGUAACCAGCAAUGUGAAGUACAAGGAAGCCUAUGAGAUGAUGAAGGCAAAGGCCUACACUCUUAACCCAGAGGGGGUCAACUUUGUCAACGCAAGGAAAGCUCAUAGGAUCGUCAAUGAUCGUCUGUAUCGUGAAGAGUACCAGAAGAAAAAGGACAAGAUCCACACAACCUACCACACCCCUGAUAUCAAACAAGUCAAGAUGAACCAACAGAACCUCAGCGAACUGUGCUACAGAGAGAAAUACUACUCCAACGUCCGUGGCCAGCAUAUCAAUUUGGCCAUUACACCUCAGCUGAUGCACUGUGCCCACGUCAAUGAGAUCACCAGCGAGCUGAAAUACAAAGAGGAUCUGAUGUGGCUCAGAGGCGUUGGCUGCUUCUUGUACAACACCCCAGAGAUGGUGCACGUCCGCAACAUCACCAAAUUAAGGGUGGACUAUCCAGUGGACGCCAAGAAGAACCUUGCCAACUUCUCUGUUGUCCUCGAAACUCCCGAGUACAAGCGUGUGAAUGAGCUCAAGAGCCACAUGAGCAACCUGAUCUACAAAGCCCAGAGCAAGGAGGAGAUGGCAAAGGUCACCACUCCUUUAGAAUCUGUUGACAUCAAGAGAGCCAAAUGGGCCCAACUGCUAACCAACAAGUACAAGUACACAGAUCUGGCCACUAAGGAGAGAGCUCACUAUACUCAAGAAAGUGAAACUGUAAACAUGGGCCAUGCUAGAAAAAUGAAAGUGGUCUGCAGUGAUAACAAGUACAAAGAGCAGUAUGAGAAGAUGAAGUACAGGUACACUUCCAUCGCGGACACACCUAUUUUGAUUCGUGCCAAGAAAGCCUACCUCCAGUCCAGCGAUCUUCGCUACAAAGAGACCUUUGAGCUUUCCAAGGGCCACUACCGCACCGUCAAGGACGCUCUGGACAUCACCUACCACCGCAGAGUCACUGAUGACAUCAGCGAGGUUAAAUACAGGGAGAAGUACAUUAACUCUCUGGGGACAUGGAAGUCCAUCCCCGACCGUCCUGAGUUCUUCUACAGCAAAAUUGCCAAUGAUAACGUCAGCAGCGUCAAGUACAAGGAGGACCUGGAGUGGCUGAAGGGUAUUGGCUGCUUCGUGUGGGACACACCUGAACUGCUGCAGGCUGAGAGGAACAAGACCUUGUACAGUGAGAGACUGUACAAAGCCUCCUAUGAGAAGAACAAAGGCAACUUCAAGUACAGCAGCGACACGCCAUUCUUCGAGGCUGCCAAGAACGCAUCAGUUCUCAUUAACGAUGCAAGGUAUAAAUCCAGAGCAAAGGAACUCCUCAGGGGCGGCUGCAAUGAGUUCCACCGCCCUGACAUCCUCACAGCCCUUUAUCAGUCCACUAUGGGCAGUAAGUGGAGAUACAGGGAGCAGUAUGAACGUGCCAAGGACAAGUUCACCUCCGUUCUGGAGACACCCGAGUAUGAGUCUCACAAACGCAGCAAGAAGAUCAGUGAUAUCAUCUACAGGAUGGAGUACAACAAGACCAAGGCUAAGGGAUACACCUUGCCUUUCGACACACCACACCAGCAGCACAUGAAGAAGGUCAAGGAUAUCACCAGUAAUCUGAAAUAUAAAGAGGUGUACGAGAGGAGCAAGGCUCAGAUCAACAUCGACCCCGAGGCUCAUGAGAUUCGUGCUGCCCGGGAGGCUUACAAGAACUGCAGCAAUCUGGACUACAAGAAAAAGUAUGAAGCCACCAAGAACAAAUGGAUUUGGACAACGGACAGACCUGACUUCAUCAAUAAUGCCAAGAACUCCUUCCAACAGAGUGACGUUGAGUACAAGUAUGACAAAGAGAUGCUCAAGGGCUGUGUGAUGUCUAUAGUUGACGACAAGUUAGCCGUCCUUUGCAAGAGAAAUAAUGAGAUGUCCAGUGGUGUGAAAUACAAAGAGAAGUAUGAGCAGGCGAAGGGCCAUUACAUGCCUAUCAGCGACAGUCCUCAAAGCCUCCAUGCCAAGGCUGUGCAAAAUCUGUCAUCAGAGAGCAAAUACAAGGAGGCCAGUAAGAAGGACAUGCAGUCAGGCUUGUAUACUACUCUGCCUGAGACUCGUGACACAGUCCACAGCAAGGAGAUGAACAAGCUCAUCAGCGGGAAACUGUAUAAAGGAAAGUAUGAGAAGGAUAAGGGCAAGUCAGCGUAUAACCUCAUGAUCGUUCCACCCGAUGUCAAGCAUGCCUGCGACGUGGCCAAGAGUCAGAGCAGUAUUGCUUAUAAGAAGGCUGCCAAAGCCAACCUCCACUACACAUCUGUCGUUGACCGUCCUGACAUAAGGAAGGCUACCCAGGCUGCCAAACUCAUCAGUGAGAUCGGCUACCGUGACAAGGCCCGUCAGGAGGCGAGCCGUGGAGGUUCUCUGACCCACCGCCCAGACAUCGCUCUGGCCACUGAGGUGUCCAAGCUGAACAGCCAGGUGGAGGACAAGACCUCCCUCCAUGGAACCGCUUCCUAUGAUACACCCAUGAUGCGCCACAUUAAGAAAAUGAGUUCCGUGACUAGUGAUUUGAAGUACAAGGAGAAGUUUGACAAGGAGAUGAAAGGAAGGAAACCACAGUAUGACCUGAAGAACAGUAAGAUUUACCAGACUCUGAAGGAUGCCAACGUGUUGGCGAGUGAGGUGAAGUACAAGGGCGACCUGAAGAAGCUCCACAAGCCUGUGACUGACAUGGCCGAGUCUCUGUCCAUGCAGCACAACCUGAGCACCAGCAAACUGUCCAGCACCUACUGCUACAAGAAGAAAUUUGAGGAGGCUAAGGGUCACUACCAUAUGAUUGCUGACACACCAGAACAGCUUCAUCACAAGGAGGCUUCUGAACUUCAGAGCAACGUGAAAUAUAAGGAGAAGUAUGAGAAGGAGAGGGGCAAGGCCAUGCUGGACUUUGAGACUCCCACAUAUGUGACGAAUAAGGAGUCCCAGCACAUGCAGAGCCAGAAAGACUAUAGGAAGGACUUUGAGGAGAACAUGAGGGGCAAGAACCUCUCAGGCUUGGAGGUCACCCCUGCCAUGAUACAUGUCAGACAUGCCACCAAAAUAGCCAGUGAGAAAGAAUACAGGAGGGAUCUAGAAGAGGGUGUGAAGGGUAAAGGUCUAAUUGCACUGGAGGAAACUCCGGACCGUUUGCGAGCAAGGAAUGCAACUCAUAUCCUGAGUGAGAGAGAGUACAAGAAGUCGCUGGAGCUGGAGAUUAAGGGCAAGGGAAUGAUGGCUUUGGCUACGGACACCCCAGACUUCAUGAGGGCCAGAAAUGCAACUGACAUCCUCAGCCAGUCUAAGUACAAGCACACUGCUGAGAUGGACAGGGCCAGCUUCACAUCCGUCAUCGACACCCCUGACAUCAUCCAUGCUCAGCAGAUGAAGACCAUGGUCAGCCAGAAAAAGUACAGAGAGGAUGCUGAGAAGACCAUGUCUCACUAUGUGCCCGUCCUGGACACUCCGGAGAUGCUGAGAGUUCGUGAGAACCAGAAGAACUUCAGCACUCUUCUAUACCAGAGUGACGUUAAAAACAAUAAGGGCAAAGUGUCUUCUGUAAAGGACACUCCCGAAAUGCUCCGUGUUAAAGAGAAUACAAAGAAUUUCAGCUCGAUUCAGUACAAAGAGGAUCUGGGAGGAGGAACAGCUUUACCCGAGACCCCUGACAUGGAGCGGGUUAAACGCAACCAGCGCAACAUUAGCACGGUACUCCACAGAGUGACCCUGCCCUCCUUCAGAUUCAUAGAAGACACACAGCUUUAUUUAUAUGUUGGUGUUAAGAGGGAAUGUCUGUGUCUUACUCUGUCCCUUUGUAAUGUGUGCAAUGGGCAGAUUCAGUACAAGGAUUCUAUCGGUCAAGGCACAGCCAUCCCAGAUCUCCCCGAGGUGCAGCGGGUCAGAGAGACCCAAAAGAAUAUCAGCUUGGUACAGUACAAGAAUUCCCCUGGUCAAGGCACAGCCAUACCAGAUCUCCCUGAGAUGAAGCGGGUCAGAGAAACCCAGAAGAAUAUCAGCUCGCUUCAGUACAAGGAAGGAGUGGGACAAGGCACGUCAGUAUCUGAGACCCCAGAGAUGGAGAGAGUCAAACGCAAUCAGCAAAAUAUUAGCACGAUAAAAUACAAGGACUCUUUGGGUCGAGGCACAGCUAUCUCGGACCUCCCUGAGGUGCGGCGGGUCAAACAGACCCAGAAGCACAUCAGCUCGGUGUUGUAUAAAGACAGUUCCGCCAAGGGAACUCCUGUGGUGUCCACUCCAGAGAUGGAGCGAGUCAAAAGGAACCAAGAAAACAUUAGCUCGGUGCUGUACUCCGACAGCUUCCGUAAGCAGGUCCAGGGCAAGGCUGCCUUCGUCCUGGACACUCCUGAGAUGAGGCGCGUCAGGGAGACCCAGCGCAAUAUCUCUGGAGUGAGGUACCACGAGGACUUUGAAAAAAGCAAGGGCAGCUUCACUGCCACCACCUCCGACCCAGUGAUGGACCGAGCGAAGAAGAACACUCAGGAGUUCAGCGACAUCAACUACCGCGGCAUCCAGAGGCGUGUGGUGGAGAUGGAGAGGAGACGCGCCGUCGAGCACGACCAGGAGACCGUCACCGAUCUGCGUGUGUGGCGCACGAACCCCGGCUCAGUGUUUGACUACGACCCUGCUGAAGACAACAUCCAGUCCAGGAGUCUGCACAUGAUGACAGUGCAAGCUCAGCGCCGCAGCAAGGAACACUCCCGCUCCACCAGCGCUCUGAGCGGCGUGGGCGACGAGAAGUCUGAGGUGUCCCAGGACGCCGACCACCACAUGUCCCUCUACAGCAACGGCUUCAUGGCCUCCUCUAUCGGCUACCAGCAAACUAAGACUGUGGAGCUGCAGCAGAGGUCUUCAUCAGUGGCCACCCAGCAGACCACCGUGUCCUCCGUCCCCUCCCACCCCUCCACCACUGGAAAAACCGUGCGUGCCAUCUACGACUACGGAGCAGCCGACAGCGAUGAGGUCUCCUUCAAGGACAGCGAUGUCAUCGUCAACGUGCAGUCCAUCGACGAGGGCUGGAUGUACGGCACCGUGCAGCGCACCGGCAAGACCGGCAUGCUGCCCGCCAACUACGUGGAAGCCGUUUAA